ACACGCACGCGCGCGCACACACACACAGACACACACACACACACACACACAGACAGACACACACACGCGCACACAGGUAACGCAACGCACGCGCCUGCAGGCAGAAACGGAAUUAGCGGCCCUAACGACAGACAGUAAAACACAUCCACGUGACCCCGCCUCAGCCGUGAGCCUCGCGCGCGCAUGAGAGCAUCCUCGCGAGGAGGAGAAGAAGAGAGAGGGAGCCGCCCGUCGCCGCGUCUUCAUCUUCAUCUUCAUCAGCAUCCUCCUCUUCCUCCUCCGUGACCGACAGGAAGAGAGAGAGAGAGAGAGAGACAGGAGAGCAGCGCGUGAGAUGGAGAACAAGGACAAAAGUGCAGAGCCACAGCUGAAGGGGAUUGUGACAAGGCUGUUCAGCGAACAGGGGUUUUACCUGCAGAUGAAACCAGAUGGAACCAUUAAUGGGACCAAAGAUGAGAACAGCGACUACACUCUUUUUAAUUUGAUUCCAGUGGGGCUGCGUGUUGUGGCCAUUCAGGCUGUGAAGGCAGGGCUUUAUGUGGCCAUGAACGCUGAGGGAUUCCUCUACACAUCAAAUGUUUUUACAGCAGAGUGUAAGUUUAAGGAGAGUGUGUUUGAGAAUUACUAUGUGAUCUACUCAUCCACUCUGUAUCGUCAACAUGAGAGCGGACGCGCCUGGUUCCUCGGCCUCAGCAAGGACGGCAUCAUCAUGAAGGGGAACCGUGUCAAGAAAACCAAACCUUGCUCACACUUCGUCCCCAGACCCAUUGAGGUGUGUAUGUACAAGGAGCCGUCACUGCACGAGUUAGAAGAGAAGCAGCGCAGCCGGAAAGACUCAGGGACGCCGAGCAUGAACGGAGGGAAUCAGCCGAACCCGGACUCGACUGAGCAGGACGGCUCAUAGCUGCUCACUCACACCCUCACAAACUCACACAAACACACUCACAAUCUCUCUCUCUCUCACACACACACACACACAUAUAGCACCUCACAGAGUUCACACCUCAACAGGAGAAAAAUCACCCAACAAGAAAAAGCAGAUUGAAAUCUGCAAUCCUGUGAAUGUCUCAGAAAGGAAACAAAGAAAAAAGAAAAAAAUUCCUGUAUUUGAAAUCAGGACAUUUUAUGCAAAGCCUGCGGAGUGUGUGUGUGUGUGUGUGUGUGGAUGUUAUACCUUGGACACGAAACGAAAAUGCUGUGUGUAUGUAUGUGUGUGUUUGGAAGUUGAAGCUUUAAAGCCAUGUACCAAUCCUCACACGUCAAUUUAUGAAUGCAAAAGCACCUUCAUGCGCUUCUUUCUGUUCGUGUGUGCGUGUGUGUGCGUGCGUGCGUGUGUGUGUGUGUGUGUGUGUGUGUGUGUGUGUGCUGCUCUGAUCAUCGCUAUCAAUCGUCAGUCUCAGAUUCUGCUCUCCAGUUGGCUUAAGUAGUGAACGGUCCUGCCUUGUAUUCAGCUGAUGGGCUGCACUGUGAUCUCAGUGGACUUCAAAUUGUCAUCUCAGAAGUUCAGAAAUAUUUAUAGUUAUCAUGCUUGUAUUUAUCUUUCCAAAUGUUUGUUUGUAUAUAGCAUGUUUGUAUUUGGUAGCAUUUUUCAAGAUGUCUGCUUGAAGCUACGUUCACACUAGCAAGCGACAAAUCACUUGUGUCGCUUGUGGGCGUGGCUUGUUCGGAUAUUUUCUUUAGUUCUUAUGGAACGGUAUUAAACAAAAUGUAUAGCCUACAGCCCACUAUAUGACUUCUACACACAACAAGUUACAUGUAAUGUACAUUUCAUGCUAGGCUUUGUGCUAGCUUCAUUGGCAGAUUAGCAGCACAAGCUAGUGUACAACCACGUACACUCACCAGAGGCACCAACGCUCUCUUCUUUCUUCCAAGCUUUAUUUUUCUUCAGAAUGUCGCUAUACACAUAUAGUACAUGACAGGAUAAGUAAAAUCCCGGUUAUACGGAUAUGCGGAAGCUAAUAGCAGGUAGGAACUAAAGGUAGGAACGUCGAACCACGUGAGAUAUAGGAUUGGUCCCGAGAAAUCGAUGUUUGGAUGUGUAACUAAUUUGAACAGAAUUGAGAAAAUCUCGAUAGUUGUGUAAUCGCUUUGAAAUCACUGUCGCGGAAAUCGUGGCUCCGAGUCACCCGCAUUCAUAGAAAAUGUAUGGUCACCUGUUGCUUUGUCGCUUCCAGGUGUGAACAUAAGGUAAGAAACUACAAAUGACGUAAAAACGUAACAAUUGUAGUUUGGUGGUUUGUAGCACCAGGGGUCGCGGUAGCUAGCACUGUUGCCUCGCACCUCCAGGGCUGGGGUUCGCAUCCCGAGUCUGCCCUGUGUGCAGAGUUUGCGUGUUCCCCCUGCGCUUCGGGGGUUUCCAAAGACAUGCGUUGUAGUCUAAUUGGCAUUUCCAAAUUGUCUGUAGUGUGUGUGAUUGUGCCCUGUGAUGAGUUCGCACCCUGUCCAGGGUGUCCCCCACCUUCUGCCCCGAGUCCCCUAGGAUAGGCUUCCUGUGAGCCUGUGUAGGAUAAGCGGUACAGAAAAUAGAUGGAUGGAUGGAUGGUUUGCAGCACCCUAGUGGGCUGUGUUGGAACUGCAGGCUAUUGUAUGUUCUGUUAUUGUAUUUUCUGAGUACUUCUGAGAAACUGGUGAGUCAUUACUGGGGUUUUAUUGGCGCAUCAGUCGGAUUAUUAACAGAUGAUUAGUAUGCAUGUUAACAAAGAUGCAGCAUGUGUUGGCUUGUUGGCUUUGAUUACCAAAGUCGGUUGUGCGUUACCGGUGUUGUUGGUUGUUGUGUGCUGCAUGUUGUAAGAGCUCUGGUGUGUAUAAUUUAUUCUAAUUUUUUAAAUGCAUUUUGAAAAUGCUCUUCUGCACUUUUAAGCCUCUGAAUUUCAUGAAAAUAUUUGAGUCAGGCUGCCUUGUUUAAAUCCUUGGAGAAGAGGUCUAAUCCGCAUUGUGUCAAUCUGUCUGAAUUCUUCUUAUCUGACUUUUCACUCAUCACAUCUGUCUUUGUAUCUGAUCUAUCUCUGUCUGACACCUCUGGGUAUUUUUCAUCCCACUAUAACUCGUCUCACCCCGUCUAAUCUCUCCAGUCCGAUCUCUCUAUCUUGUUAUCAGACUUAUCACUGUCUUAUUGUUUUCUAAUAAGUUGGAUCUAAUCUCUCUGUCUGAUAUCUCUGGAUCUAACCUCUCUGUCUGAUAUCUCUGGAUCUAAUCUCUCUGUCUGAUAUCUAUGAAUCUAACCUCUCUGUCUGAUCUCUCUGUCUUAUCAUUUACUAUGUGGUCUCUUCAUGUUUGUACCUAAUUUCUCACCAUCUAAUCUCUGUCUGUCUCUCUCUCCGUUUAUAGCCUUUUCAUGUUUGAUUUAUGUUCCUAAGCUCUCACCGUUUAUUCUCAGCUUUAUCUCAUCUCAUUGUCCGAUCUUUUUUACGUCCAAUCUUUUUUCUAAUUGUCUGAUCUCUGCAUAAGUUUCUAAUAUAUAACUGUCUGAUUUCUCAACAGUAUAUUGCUCUGCAUGCAUCUUUUCAUGUUGUAUGCCUUUUUGUAUGAUUUCCAUGUGUGGUCUCUUUAAAUCUGAUCAAAUUCGAUUACUCUUGUGUCACUCUUUGUAAUAUUGCUACAUCAGAUUUUUUUGUCCCAUCCUAUUUUUGUCCUGUGUAUCCUUCCAUGCCUACCAUCUUGUUUAUCCCAACAUCUAUCCCAGUGUCUAAACUAUCAGAGACUGGGAUAGAUGUUGGGAUAUCAUUGCUUCUAAAGUCUACAUAUCCAAUCCUUCUGUCUGUCUGAUCGCCGGGGUUAAUCUCUUUCAGUCUGAUUUCUCUGUAUCUGCUCUCUUCCUCUCUCAUCCCAGCAUGUCUGAUCUAUAUUUGUCCAUGAACUUUUUAUCUGAUGUCUCUAAUUUCACUCACUGUCUGAAUUCAUUGCAUCUAACCUUGUCUUGAUCAGAUCUCAAUCUUCUGUCUAAUCAUUACAAAUGACAGAUCAUAGAUCGUGAGAGAUUAGAUAUGCAGAAAUUCCCAUUAUCUCUUUUUUUAUGUAUUCUGUCUGUCUAAUCUUUCACACUGAGAGACCAGACAUGUCAGGGAUCAGACACAUAGACCUCAUAGUGUCUAUCUAAUCUCUCACUGCCUGAUCUCUCUUUCUUUAGUGUCCGAUCUCACUGUCUGAUCUCUAAUGAUUGUAAAAACUCUAUCUGGAGUGUGUUUUCCUGCCAAAAGCACAGACUGCCCUUUAGACACAACCACCCACCCAAACACACACACACACACACACACACACACACACUAAGCUUGAAUCUGAUUUGCCACUGAGGUCACGGCGCAUCAUCUUAUUGGUUAGAUGAAAGAGUCACUCAGCAGUCCUUAGCCAAUGGGGGCGAAUUUUGUGAGAAGUCUUCCAUUAGGAGAGCAGCACCAGCAUCACUUGCACAGGUCAGAGGUCAGAGGUUAUCGGGUUGGUGGAGUCUAAAUAAAGAUGUUCGUCUGGGAUUGAGGAAAAGUUUUAAUGAUUAUCGACUGCCUGAAGCUGACGACUGUCUGUUCGCAAAGCCAGAAUGUUGAUUUCAUUAGUUAGUGUUUGCACUUUAAUUAAUUAACACAUUGAAGAUGUGUAAUGUAUAAAUGUUUUGUGUGUGUGUGUGUGUGUGUGUGUGCGCGUGUGUGUGUGUGCGCGUGCAUGACGCUGACCAUCAGGAUGACCAGAUCAUUUACAUUAAAAUACUGAAACCAA